AUGAAUUUUAAACAACAAAGAAAAAUUCAAAAAUUGGAAAGGAAGGGAUUUACUAAUAUUAAGUACCUUGCUGAAGGAGGUUUUAGUAAAAUCUACACAGUGCCAGCACGAAGAAAAAAGAAAGUUGUUCUAAAAGUUUUAAACAAUUCGCAAAACAUUACUUUAAAAUUUUUGCAAGAGAUUGCUAAUCAUAAUUUGGCGAUUAAUACCAAAUUCAUUAGAUUAAAUUAUAUUCAUCAACGAGGUUUAGUUCAUGGAGACUUGCAUUCAGGCAAUAUUUUAAACGAAAAUUCUAUAAGUUAUAUUACUGAUCUAGGUUUAAGUCGAUCAAUCGAUUCUCAAGUUGAAACAGAGAAAAUUUAUGGAGUAUUACCUUAUAUAGCUCCUGAAGUUUUACGAGGACAACCUUACACCCAAGCAUCAGAUGUUUAUUCUUUUGGAAUAAUUGCUUAUGAGUUAUUUGCUAACACUUAUCCUUAUUAUGAAUUUAAAGAUUUAGAUGAAAACGAAUUAAUUUUAAAAAUCUGUAGAGGACUAAGACCUAAUAUGGAUGAA